AAUAAGAGAGAAAGAAGGAAGGAGGGCAGCAGACAGAGAGAGAGAGCAGAGAGAGAGGAGACUCAUUGAUACAGGUGUUACUCUGACUUUAGUCAUUUAGACUUCAUCAUCAUCAUCAUCAUCACCAUCCAUGGCAGUUCUUCCUCUACGGGUGAGAAUGUUGCGGCAGGUGUGGAGGUUGAAGGGCGUCGUCAUCCUCGUCUGCAGCCCGUUCAUCCUGCUGCCGCUCGCCUUCAGCACCACGGAGGCGGCCUGUGCUUAUGUCAUCGCCCUCAUGGCGUUGUACUGGUGCACUGAGGUGCUGCCGCUGGCGGUGACGGCGUUGCUGCCGACCAUCCUGUUCCCCGUCCUCGGCAUCAUGGAGUCUAAAGACGUGUGUAUGCAGUACCUGAAGGACACCAACAUGCUGUUUGUGGGGGGGCUGAUGGUGGCCGUCGCCGUGGAGCACUGGAACCUCCACAAACGCAUCGCACUCCGAGUUCUGCUGAUGGUCGGCGUCCGACCCGCCCUGUUGAUGCUGGGGUUCAUGGGAGUGACGGCCUUCCUGUCCAUGUGGAUCAGCAACACGGCCACCACCGCCAUGAUGGUCCCCAUCGUCCAGGCCGUCCUGGAACAGCUCCACGGCAACGUAGAACCAGAACCCUCCUCCAAGACCCAGAGAGGGAGUGUGGACGUACACCAGGAACAUCAGGAGAAAGCCAGCAGCGUCCUGGAGAACGGUGUGAACGGGGCAACAUUCACACAAGGCAACCCGGAGAAAACCAGCAACCUAUCAGACAACAUGUCCUCUGAGCAGGAACUGUUGUCAGGGGAUCAGAUGGACAGACGGGAGGACGUCAAACCGACACCACAAGACAAACCUCCAUCAGACUGCAGCCACAGUGAGACUGUGGUCGUCUCCGUGGAGAAGGCGGCCGUCUGUCAGAUGGAGCUGGAGGAGCUGAGCGACGAAGAAGAGGAGAGGAGGAUGAUGAGUAAAGGACUCCUGCUGUGUGUCUGUUACGCCGCCAGCAUCGGAGGCACCGCCACUCUGACCGGAACCGGACCCAACCUGGUCCUGAUGGGACAGAUGAGCGAACUCUUCCCUCAGAACGGCGACGUGAUCAACUUUGCGUCCUGGUUUGCGUUCGCCUUCCCCACCAUGGUGCUGAUGCUGACGCUGGCCUGGUUCUGGCUGCAGUUCCUCUACAUCGGCUGCAACCUGCGGAGGACGUGGGGUUGCGGCGCGGUGCAGACGGAGAAGGAGCGAGCGGCGUACGAAGUGAUCAGAGACGAGCACUGGCGGUUGGGACCGGUGACUUACGGAGAGGUCAGCGUCCUGGCGCUUCUCGUCCUCAUGGUGGUGCUGUGGUUCACACGAGACCCACGCUUCAUGGACGGCUGGGCGACCCACGUCUUCAACGCCAAGGCUGAGUUCGUCUCUGACGCCACCGUCGCUCUGUUUGUUGCUGUUCUGUUGUUUGUUCUUCCGUCUGAACCGCCGAGAUUCCUCUGUUUCUGGAGGAGCUCUGACUCAGAGUCCCCGGUGUGGCGAGGCCCCGCCCCCGCUCUGCUCACCUGGCAGGUGACUCAGAAGAAGAUGCCGUGGAACAUCGUGCUGCUGCUGGGAGGCGGCUUCGCCCUCGCCAAAGGCAGCGAGGAGUCCGGUCUGUCCCGCUGGCUCGGCGCUCAGAUGACGCCGCUACACUCCAUCCCUCCCUGGGCCAUCGCCAUCGUCCUCUGCCUCCUCGUCGCCACCUUCACCGAGUGCACCAGCAACGUCGCCACGGCAACGCUCUUCCUGCCUAUCCUGGCCUCCAUGUCCCAGUCCAUCAGCCUGAACCCUCUGUACGUGAUGAUCCCCUGCACCCUCAGCGCCUCCUUCGCCUUCAUGCUGCCGGUGGCCACGCCCCCCAACGCCAUCGUCUUCUCCUCCGGUUUCCUCAAAGUGUCCGACAUGGCUAAAGCCGGCGUGGUGAUGAACGUCAUCGGGGUCAGCUGCAUCAGUCUGGCCAUCAACACCUGGGGUCACGCCAUCUUCCGCCUGGACUCGUUCCCCUCGUGGGCCAACGCCACGGCGACGCUGUAGGACCGACAACCUGCUGCCUCAGCUCUCCUCUCAGGUUCCAACGCAGGACGUUUGUGUUUAUAUAGCUGCUGGUUCUGAGCCUCCACAAACAUUGUCCAGAUGUUCGGACCUCUGACUACUGACGUUAAACUCUGGCUGAACGUCUGUAGCAGGAACAUCCUGUUGUUAGCUCCUACUGCUAACUAACGUUAGCUUAAAUCUCCAGUUAGAGGCGUACCGUACUAUUAGUAUUCACAUGAUACCUCAUGGCCAGCAGGAAUAAGCACCGGUCUCUAAUAGAGGCCUGGUUAACAAGUAACAGGAAACGUUCUCACUUCAACACUAACUCUGUUUUAAACCACUCAUUAAAGGAGCAGUACGCAGCGGCAGAACGAGGCGGCGUUCAACGGCAAACGUUCAGUCCCACCCACCGUGUUUUCACCGUGUUUUCAUCGUGAUUUCACCGUGAUUUCACCGUGUUUUCACCGUGUUUUCAUCGUGAUUUCACCGUGAUUUCACCGUGUUUUCACCGUGUUUUCACCGUGAUUUCACCGUGAUUUCACCGUGAUUUCCCUGUGUUUUCACUGUGAUUUCCCCGUGUUUUCACCGUGUUUUCACCGUGAUUUCACCGUGAUUUCACCGUGUUUUCACCGUGAUUUCACCGUGAUUUCACCGUGUUUUCACAGUGAUUUCACCGUGAUUUCACCGUGUUUUCACCGUGUUUUCACCGUGAUUUCACCGUGAUUUCACCGUGUUUUCACCGUGAUUUCACCGUGUUUUCACAGUGAUUUCACCGUGAUUUCACCGUGAUUUUAUCGUGAUUUCACCGGUUUACCUGUUGAAUUCUGGCGGGAUCAAACGCGUGACCGUGUUCACCAGAAGAGCCCAUAUGAACGCCCCCCCCCCCCCCCCUCAUGUCAUAUUCACGACCUCGUAAGUGAAGUGUUUCUGAAAGCUCCGAGUUCACGAGUUGUGACGUGUUUGUUGACGUUGUCAGAAAUGGCGGAGGCCUUGGAAGUUAAUUUUUCGGUACCUAAUAAGCUAAUAUAUUGUUAACCACAAAAUCCGACUGUGAAACCGAUCAGAUCGCCGGUGGAUAUUUGCUAAUUAAUUCCUGUUUACUUCUACUUUGCCGUUUCUUUUCGAUCAACGUUAAACUACUAUAAGGCGGGUGUUUCAAAUUAAAAGCAUUCAACCAAGAACGGAGGUAUUAUGUGCUUAAAGUCACUGGAAGGCUUUUAAUUUGAAACAUACCGUCAAUAACCAAAAUAUAUUCAGUUGAUAAAACGGAGUUAGUUCGGUGGAAAAAUGGACGUUAUUCUGAAUUUAUCAAACAUGGAGGAAGUCGAGUUAGUUGAUAUCAACAGUAAAUUAAAAUAUAAUUAAAAUAUCAUAAAAUAUAAUUAGAAAAUUUGAAAUAAAGGCUUAAAUACGCCUAAUUCAACGGUUAGUUCCUCCUUAAAACUAGAAACCUUCUCCCCAAACAUUUAGAAAAGGUUUAUAAUAAUAGUAAUAGUUUCUAAAACUAAUAAAAUAGACUCUUUUAGUGUUUUCUUUAAUCAUUAUUUGCUCUUUGGUUGGUUGUUGUUUCAGAAACUGAAAUUUAUCACUUUACUUUUCUGUUCUGAGAGACAGCGACAGCUCGUAUCCUCGUAUCCCUGCAAAUUUUAAUUAUUUUCAGUAAUUAUAAAUUGAAGUGUAUGUUUUGUAUUGUUUUCUAUUUAAACGUGUGAGUUUUAUAUUCAGUAACAUGUUUCUGUACAUACCGUAACCUCCAGAGUUUUAUAUUAUCUUGUUGCUAACAGUUUUGUUAAUAAAAGUUGAUCUUUAAAGAAACGUGUGACAACA